AAACAGCGUUUUACGUUCAUAUAGUAUUGUAUUGCUCUCGCUUGUGUUUGAGGUGGUUUGAGGCCUGCUUUUUUAAGAUGGCUCAUAUGUAAAAUACGAUAUGCUGUUUAUUAACAAAAGAAUAGUGUAAAUUUUCAUGUGUGAAUUGAAAUUUUCAAGAAAAUUAAAGUCAACAUUAUAAUGAUAAACAAGUGACGGACAAACAUUGUAAAAAUAAUUUUUGUUGAUCAAUUAUUGUUCCCAACGAUUUUCACCUGUAAGGUUUUCACUUCUCAGUGGCGUAGCCGGAGAGAAUGUGACAGAUGACAAGAUAAAAUAUAAUUGGCGUCCGGAUUAUUCUGGACAUUCAGACACUGAAGGCGAUGUGAGAAACAAAUUGAAGAUAAGAGAUAAACGGCCGAGAUGGAAUCGCCUUUGGCCGAGGACUGUGUCAUCGCGGCCCAAGAGGAUUCCACCUCAGUGAAUCCCGAAGAAGCUGGAAGCGAAAUCAUGCCAACAUCCACUGAGAAAAUGAAUGACGAGACUGGAGAUAAAAAUGAAAAUUCACAAAAUGAAAUUACAUCGUCACCAAAUAAUGAAACAAGGGAACAAGGGGAAAUUCAUUCUCCCGAAAUAAAUGAAGAGAAGAAUUUAGUUAUCCAACAAGAAUCGUCUGAUAAUUCAAAUUCAGUAAAGAAGCAGAAUAACGAAGAAGAUGUUAAUGAUGAUAACGAAAAUGUCAAUAAUAAUAAUGAUGAUGAUGAAGAAGAUGACGAUGAUAGUUUGAGAUCAUUGCCCACCGUAUCAAGAAAAAGGCCAGCCACCGAUUUCCUGCCGAUAAGUGGUGAAAUAAAGAAAAUUGGCGUCGAAAUAUCCGAGGAGCAAGCACAACAAUUGAAAAAUGAAGUGAGAAGACUCUCGCCAAUACACGUAAGUCUUCGCGAACGUACUCUAGGUGAAAUAUCAUUAAUUUCCGAGCCCCGCAUUUUUCUCGACGACAAUGUUAGAUGUAAAAAUGAGACUGAAUCAUCGAGUGCCGAUGACGAUGAGAAUAUUGUUAAUAAUGUUGAUGAUUCGCGAGUGAAAAAUAGUGUUAAAGUGAAUGAGAAGUGUAUUGAUAGUUUAGCAACAACAUCGAGCAAUGAGAAUACAAAAGGACUACGUGAAUUGGUUCUUGUACUUUCCAGGGUGGACGCGAUAGAACAAAAAAAUAGUAGCAUUAAUAGUUCCAAUAACAACAAUAGUGAAAAAAUUGAAAAGAAAAUUACUCCCAAUGAGGAUGAUAAUUUAGAUAAAUCAAAGCAGGAGGAUGAGAAAAUUCACAGUGAUAUUAAAAAUGAAGAAGACGAGAAUACGAGGACGUUGAAUAAUGCGGAAGAAAUUGUCCAAAAAUGUCAAGAUGAUGAUAAUGGACCUGAAAGAAAGAGUGAACAAUUUUUAAUUGAGAAAUUAGAAACAAAUGAGGAGUAUACAAUUAAUAAUGGAAUCGAGACGAGAAAAAUGAAUCAAAUUUGGGAGAGUAAAGAAUUGGUGGAUGGUAUGGAAAAAAUUGAGGUGGACGAGGAAAUUAUUUUUGCAAAUUCAACACUUGGAAUUGAUGAUGAUAUACAAACGGUGGAUGUUGGUGGGAAUCCGUUGGAAUUGGAAACAAUUGGAUUGACCUCGGAAAUUCAAGUGAGUGUUGUUGAUACUGAGGAAACGGAAACAGAGACUGGUUCUGAUAGUUCGGAAGUUAUCGCGUCGAUGAAUGCUGUUCAAUUUGGUGUUGAUCAUCAUCAUCAUCAUCAUGAUCAGGAUCAUCAUCAUCAUGAUCAUAAUCAUCAUCAUCAUCAUGUGAUUUCGAAUCAAAUUUCAUGUUCGGAGAGUGAUCCGCUCAUUUGUGAUGAUAUUACGCCGGAUAUAAUGACGCGAUUGGAACCCGAGAGACCAGAAGCAUUCACUGAGGAUUCAGCGGAGAGCCUUGCACUUGCCACUGGUUCCAGGGACGAGGUGAGAUCCGAUGGAAGUGAUUCGGGACUUGGUAGUGAAAUUCCUGGUGAUUCUGGACCAGCACCAGCUCAGGAGAGUGAUUCGGAGACGUCGUUUCUUGAUAGGAUACCUGAUGAAAUUCUGUCGGAUAAGGAAAAAACUGUGAAUCAAUUGGAAACCUACGUCCCCGAGGUGAAUGGUCAGUGCAUGCCGCAGACGUCGCUUCCAACUUUUCGAAGUCCUCCAAAGAGUAAUCUAAAGCGUAGAUUAGUUGAUUGCAUGGAGGGUGAGCCAAAUGCGAAGAGAACAAAUGCAGAUGAACCACCGAAAAAGAAACGUAACAUCCAAUUCGAUGCGGUCACCGUCUAUUAUUUCCCCCGGGCACAAGGUUUCACUUGUGUUCCAUCUCAGGGUGGCAGUACACUUGGAAUGAGUGCGACUCACACUCAUGCGGAGCGUUUUUCACUAUCGGAACACGCCGCCGAACAAAGGCGACUUCAUCGGGCGAGAUUGGCGCAAUUACGCACUGAGCGUGCCGCAAAUCGUGUCGCGGAAGCAGCGUCAAGCUCAGAGGAUCCAAGCGACGACACCGACGAGGAGCAAAGCGAUACCGAGGAACUCGAUAUCGACAGUUACUAUUUUUUGCAACCCGUGCCAACAUGGCAGCGACGUGCACUUCUCCGGGCAGCUGGCGUUCGACGGAUAGACGCCGUCGAGAAGGACGAGUGUCGCGACAUUAGAGCGAGUCGCGAGCACUGCGGUUGUGGAUGCAAGGGCUACUGCGAUCCCGAGAGUUGUCCCUGUAGUCGAGCCAAUGUCAAGUGCCAGGUCGAUCGAGCUGGUUUUCCCUGUGGAUGCUCACGAGAUGGUUGUGCAAAUAGUUCCGGUAGAAUUGAAUUUAAUCCAGUUCGAGUAAGAACGCACUUUAUUCACACAUUAAUGCGUUUAGAAUUGGAGAAAAAGCAACGUGACGAGGAGCAGCAUACAGAAUCGGAUCUAAUGGAAUCACAUCAAGAUCAAGGACCAUUACGCGAUGUUUCCUUGAAUUCAGUGAUGGACAACACUGCCGAGCAAUGCAUGAAUGGCGGCGGUUUUACAACACUGCAUUACGAGAGUCACGAGAGUGUUGUAUCAACAUGUCAAAGUGUUGUAACUGGCGUAAGGGAAGACAGUUUGGAUUUAUAUGCAAUUAGAGAUGAUUGUUAUACGACAAGCGAGGACGCGGUAGAUUCUUCGCAAAAUUCACAACGUAAACAAAUACAUCCCGAAUUUCAUCAGACCUUCCAAACUUUUCCCAAUCAUGCCAAUUCAUUUCAACAAAAUACCUAUGCCGAUUAUCAAAAUUAUCAAAAUUUACCGUCAACGUCGCGCGCAUCACCAUUUCAACCGCAAUUCCCCGGUAAUUCGGGAUUUUCACAUUAUGGCGGCUAUGCGACUGAUCUUGGUUCAAUGCAACUUAAUUGUCAAACGCAUCAGGGACAACAACAACAGCAGCAGCAACAGCAACAACAACAACAGCAACAACAGGCGACAACUGGUUAUGAAACGGCUUUCGCUCAAGAUGAUGUGACCGGUUCACAAUAUACAAAUUUAAAUUCCGUUCAGCCAAUGAAUGCCGUUGUUCAACAAAUGGGUAAAUUGGAGCCAUUUUCGGAAUUAUUGGCUGGCAGGUAUUCUUAUUAUGGUGAAUUAGAACAACCGAGUCAUGGCAAUUAUCAUAACAAUGGAACAAAACUCGAGACUGAUAAAAUUGAAACGAAUAAUCAGCAGCUUGAUAAUAAUGAGGAGUGCGAUGAAAAUUUCGGUGAGAUUAUUAAAAAAUCAAUGGUUGAGACUGUCUCGGCUUAAAUUUUUGUCACAAACGAUUCAUUUAAUUUUUAUUUUUACUAAAUUGAUAAUUUGGAAAAAUUGAAAUAACAAAAUUGACAAAUUUUUAACAAAAUUGACAAAUUUUUAUUGUUACAUCGGAAAAAUGAUUAAGUUUUUGUCAAGAACUAAUUAGCAGAAUUUUCAUCUCGUGAAUUUUCUCUUUAACUUUCUUUUCGAUUCAAACAAGUACAGUGAAUUCAAUACAAUUAAA